AUGUUAACAGCGUUAGGACCCCCUACAAACAUUUCGAAAACUUCAAACAUUACUAAUUAUGACAACGACAAUUACAAUCAUAAUAGCAGUAAGUAUGACAUAAGCUAUAAUAACAACGACAAGAGGGAUGUUGAUGUUAGUAACAAUGAAGAACUUGGAACUACAGUUGGAAAAAGAAUUAGCAGGCUGUGUUGGGAUGACAGUGUCCAACUAAUUUUUGAACAAAUUGAGACCAUUUCAGGUAAGAAAAGGCUCAUAAAACAAAUGAAAUGUACCAACACGUGCAAGACAAGACGUAUCUACAAACAAAAAAACAAAGGUGGUUUCCUUGCCACGCAUGCAUCAGGGAUUAUCAACUGCAUCCUCAUUCCACUGGUUUGCUACAUGAAUGUUUUAAAUUGUGUAACAGCUAAAGUGAGGAAUACCAUUUGCACUUUCAUGCUUGGAGCAUCAGCAAGGAGCACUGAUGAUGAUUCAUUUGGAAUCGAAAUAUGGCCUUAUUUGCAGCAUGAAUUCGAAAAAUAA